AAUGUUCCCUCUAAUAUUGCUCCUCCUCGUUCUUUCCUUAUGAGGAGAGAGAAAUAAAUUUGGGAGAGAGAAAAACAAUGGCGUUUUCUAUAUCUUUCCUUAUCUUAUGGUAACGUACACCUUCUCUUCUUUUUUUCUGACCCUUUUUCUUUCCCCUCAUCAAAGCGGGAGGAAUUAGAGGAGGAGAAAAGAGGAAGAAGAUUCUGGAAGCUGCCAUAUAGUUUUUUGUUUUUUUUUUUGUUUUUCUGAGCUUGAGAGAGUUGUAACCAUGGAUUCAUCGUCUGUAUCCAACGAUGUCGCUUCUGGGUUUGAGGACAAGGAGUCAAUGGUUGACCCUUUUUUGGUUGAGGCUCUUCAGAACCCUCGUCACCGUCUCACAAUUUUGCGGAUGGAGCUGGAUAUUCAGAGGUUUCUGGGUAAUGCUUAUCAACAGCAUUUUGAGUUUCAACAUUUCCCUUCUUCCUAUCUCAGACUGGCUGCUCAUCGUGUUGCUCAACACUAUGGUUUGCAAACAAUGGUUCAAGAUAACAGCUUAGAUGGCCAGGGAACUAAGAUUAUGGUGAGAAAGUUAGCAGAAAGCAGGUAUCCUGUGGUCUGCUUAUCUGAAAUACCUGCCAAACAAUUGGAAAAUGGUAAACCUGAGCAGAUGAAAAUUGCCAUAAGGCCUAGGCCUAAUAAAACCAGUUUAAGUGAAGCCAAUGAAGCUGGGGGCAAAGGCAAUCCUCUGAGAAGUGUAGAGGAGAGGAAAGAGGAAUAUGAUCGGGCACGGGCACGAAUCUUUAGUAGCUCUAGAAGUUAUGAUUCAGGUGAUACUCUGUCCCAGGUCCCAAUGGAUGAGAAAAAUUAUUUACUGAGCAAGGAUGAGAAUGAAACUAGCAAGAACCCUAUGGCUGAUUAUGAAAAAUUCACUAGUAGUAGGGAUAUUAGUUCUACUCGAGUUGCCAUUUUCAGAGAUAGGGAAAAGGAUCGUAGUGAUCCAGAUUAUGAUCGUAACUAUGGAAGGUAUGCAAGGAGUAUUCCAGCCUCUUCCCUCAACUUGGUGCCUUUUAGUAUGCAACAAGUUCAACCUUCAUUCGCACAGUAUGACACUACUUUUAAUCAGCUGAGUCAGAUGUCACAAAAUCAAGCUUCAAUUGGCUAUGGACCUCCUUCAAACCUGGUAAUGAGUCCUUUUGGUGUCACGGGAUUGAAUCAGACAACUAGGGAUGCUGCUUACCUACAAUGGCCGAGUGCUGCAAUUAUGUAUGCACAUUCAUAUGACCAAUUUAGACAUGCUGUUUUCCAAGUUCCAUUUGGUCAACAGCCAUUGAGCUUUGAUUAUUCGCAGAAUUAUUAGAUGACAUUUAGGGGUGAUUGUUUUCCAUUUGGAUCAUUUUAGCUUUUAAGGAUUUCAGAUUUAGAUAUAUUUUUUCUGUACUUUCGUAGACCCCUGUUCCUGCUGUAGUCUAUAUCUGUAUUUGGUUUUUCAGUCUUGAUGGUUGCAGUAAUGAGUUUGGUAUUUGGUACUUUUGGUGGCAUUUAUGGUACACUCAACUGUAGUGGAUUACUGGAUUUAAAGUAUAUGAAGAGAUACAAGUGGUGAUUUUCA